GCCGCGCCGAGGCUCGCGCACGCGCCCAACCGCCGCAGUAGCCGGGUGUCUGCGGGGCGGGGCCAGGCCGGGUGCAACGCGCUCCCCGCUGGUGCGGGCGGAGGUGGGAGCGGCGGGGCCGGGCGCGGAGGUGACUUUCCCCGCCGGCAGCGGGGAUGCUGCAGCCGCCGCUCGUGAGGAGGCAGCAGGCGCGAGAGCGGGCGGCCGCGGCGCCCGGCGGCAUGAGCGGCAGCGGGAGCCGUCCCCGGGCUCCGCGGCGGCGCUAGGCGCCCCUCGCCGCUCGGCAGACCCCGCCACCUGCCCGCGCGGCGGCGGAGUCAGCCCGCCCGGAGGCGCAGCGCGGCGGCAGGGCCCCCUCCGCGCCGGCCCCGCCGCAGGACGCCGCCGCCCUCUCCUCCGCUGCGGCGGCCCGCGCUCCCCUCAAGGCGCCUCACGCUGGGGACCGGCCUCCGCCCCGCGCGGCCGCUGUCGCUCCCGCUCCCAGGGGGGCGGCGGGCGGGAGAGCGGGAGCCCCCUCUCCGCCGUCUCGCUGCCCGGUCCAUGGGAGGAGCUCGCCGCCGCCCUGUGGAAGGUGCCGCCGCGGCUCGCCGGGACUGAGAGCGGCGGCCGCCGGGCGGGCCGGCUCGGAGGGAGGAUGUCAGUGCUGCGCAGGGCGCUGCGGGUCUCCAAUCGCUCCAUGCUCGCCUUCAUCUUCUUCUUCUCCUUCUCCUCGUCCUGCCUCUACUUCAUCUAUGUGGCCCCCGGGAUCGCAAACACGUAUCUCUUUAUGGUGCAAGCUCGUGGUAUAAUGUUGAGAGAAAAUGUAAAAACAAUAGGACACAUGAUCAGAUUGUACACUAACAAAAAUACUACACUGAAUGGCACAGAUUAUCCUGAAGGAAACAAUUCUAGUGACUGUCUUGCUCAAACAACAAUGUAUCUUCCAGAAAACUUCACUUACUCUCCUUACCAGGCUUGUCCAGAAAAGCUGCCUUACAUGAGAGGCCUUAUCAAUGUGAAUAUGAGUGAAAUUAGUUUUGAUGAAAUUCAGGAAGUGUUUUCAAAAGAUUUAGACAUUAAACCAGGAGGACACUGGAAACCAAAAGACUGUAAGCCACGAUGGAAGGUGGCAAUCCUCAUUCCUUUUCGGAAUCGCCACGAGCAUCUUCCAAUUUUUUUCCGACACCUGAUACCUAUGUUGCAGAAUCAGCGUCUGGAAUUUGCCUUCUAUGUUGUUGAACAGACAGGUACACAACCUUUUAAUCGUGCAAUGCUCUUUAAUAUUGGCUUCAAAGAGGCUAUGAAGGAUGUUGUUUGGGACUGCAUAAUAUUUCACGAUGUGGAUCACUUGCCUGAAAAUGACCGAAAUUAUUAUGGAUGUGGAGAAAUGCCACGUCAUUUUGCAGCAAAGCUGGACAAAUACAUGUAUAUUCUUCCUUACAAUGAGUUCUUUGGCGGUGUAAGUGGACUGACAGUAGAACAAUUCAAAAAGAUCAAUGGGUUUCCAAAUGCCUUUUGGGGAUGGGGUGGAGAAGAUGAUGAUCUUUGGAACAGGGUUCACUAUGCUGGAUACAAUGUAACAAGACCAGAGGGAGAUUUAGGGAAGUACAAAUCCAUUCCUCACCAUCACAGAGGUGAAGUCCAAUUUUUAGGACGAUAUAAACUUCUGAGGUAUUCCAGAGAACGUCAGUACAUUGAUGGGUUGAACAAUUUAAUAUAUACUCCUAAAAUACUUGUCAGUAGGUUAUAUAAAAAUAUAACUGUAAAUCUCAUACCAGAACUUGCUCCUGUUAGAGACUAUUGAUGGAAAUGGAAUGACAAGCUACGCUACUGGAGUAAACAUUAAUACCUGAAGCUACUAAUAGACACUAAAGACACUAUAAAAAACAAAAAACCAAGCAAAAUAAAAAACAACCAACAGCAGCUUAGAAUUAGGGUUUUUUGACCAUUUGAUGAUACAUAUUUGGGAUGAUGGGUAAAAUGAUUGUAUGUACCAUGCAUUUUGUUCUGAAAGAAAAGCCAGCAGCUACCACUCAGAUGUUUACAGCAUGAAACUACUGUUCAAGCCUCCGUUCUCCACGUUCUGUAUGUUAACCACUCAAUUAUCUAAACUGCAGAAACAGACCUGUAGCUUGUCUGGAAGUUGGGAGAGAAGCUGCUUCUUCCAGGAACUUUUUAUACUGCUCCCUCCUUUCUUCCCCUGCCUGUAUUUAAAUUAAUGCUUUUGUUCCUUUUUAAACGGUGUUUUGUAAAUAUGUGAUGUAAAUGAAUGUGUGUACAUUGCUUUUAAAUUGCUCAGUAUUUUAUGCUUCAGUAUGUAUUUGAAUGUGUUCUUGUUUGAUUUCUAUAGGAAUGUUUUUAUUAGCAUGAAAGAACAAGUGUAAAAUGUAAGUAUGCUUAAAAAAGGUUAUACCUUAUGUGAAAUGAAGGAAACAUUAAUUGUUGGCCAGCUAUGACUGUAAACUGUUAUACUAGUUUUGAGCUUUAGGCCUCCUGCGUAUCUAUAUAAAAGAAUCAGUUUCAUCUAUGAACUUGCAAGAAAGCUUUUAAUUUUAUUUAUUGCCAGCAAAAUCCUAUGAUUCUCUGCCUGCCAUCUAGAUCAUAUUUAUAUGCAUAUUGCAUGUCUAUUAUGGAAAAAAACCUGUGGUGGUUGUGUAUGAUGAUCUACAGAAACUCUAAUUGUUUCCACGUGUGCCACUGGUGUCAAUGUCAGGGAUUUUAAUGCCUAAAACAAUGUGUCUGGAUGUGUACUGUAUGUUGGUAUUGUUCUCUUUUUUUUCCUUUUUUCCUUUUUUCCUUUUUUCCUUUUUUCCUUUUU